GUCCUUUACGGCAGUGGUGUCCGUCUUCAUAUGUAAGUGCAGCAGUGCUAGUCCCGCUGUCCUUGUGUAAAUGUGGACAACAUAUGUACACCUGCUAACAGUCAACAACACCUAACGACACCCAAAGGUGACAUGGCGUCCAGUUUCCUCAGGUUCUCUGUGCUGCUUCAGAAGUACCGCACCCCGCUGCUCAUUUCCAGCUGUGGGGGGGUCUUUGCUGUGAACAUGUUCUACCAUGUGUUUCCUGACAUGUCCUACCGGCAGGUCUAUCAGGCCUGGUACAAAGGAGAGGCAGUCCAACUGUCGCAAAAACUACAGGAUGUUUUCCAGCAGGUACUGACAGAUUUCGGGGUCAGAACACCUCAGAACUUCUCGGCCUUCGCCUCCUUCGGUUUCCAUCCCGUCGGUGCCGGUGUCCCGUGGCUUCCUGCGGGUGCAGAAAUCGGCAUCCCCGCUAAUUUCAACAGCACAGUGGAAGACCUCAGUGGAAUCACCAACCGGACCAUAUUCAUCAACGGGAAAACCGUCGACUGGAGCAGCGAUGACGGCGCAGCUCUAAAGGAGGCCCUGGUGUUUUCUCCAGAGGCGCAGAAGUUCGCCAUAGCCCGAGAAGUGGCCCGCCUGCAGGCCGGGGGCCCCGUGGUGAGUGCCGCCGUGGCCCCCGUAUGCCUCGGGGGGGUCUGGGUGUACAGCGUGGUCCUGAAACAGGUGUUCGGCCUCCAUGCCGGGCCUGCGUUGUUCCGGUGGGCCGUGAACACCGUAGCGCUGGGACUGGGCGCCAUGUCGUACUUCCUCACCUCAGACGCCGUCAGCCAGUGGAUCGACCACACCAUGGACAGAAGGGCCGCCGGCGUGUCCAGGGAUUACGCCAAAGGGGGGGUGGAGUUUUAUGACAAGAUUUUAUUAAGAAACAGGAAACUGCGUUCCCUGAUGGGCCCAAAGGGAGAGGAAAUGUACGCGCCAAGUGGAAACUUAUUCCCAGCUCACCUUUUACAGCUGAAACACACACCGUACACAGUGAGGAGGGACGGCAUCCUCAGCCUGCUCAGAGAGUAGGACUGUGUACCGGCAAGAAUCUGGAGAUACCAUGCAAAUCACAAUACUAGGAUCUGUACCAUAUAUCAUGAUAUAUCAUGAUUAGGGAUGUAACAAUUACCGGUAUAACGAUAAACCGCGGUAAAAUUGC